AUGUGUCUUCUGCCCGAAUUUUUACCCGGCACAGACUGGCCAUUGGGUCUGCUGUUGUUGCCGUUGCUCAUCUGCCUGCCGAUACUGUUGCUACUGGCCGGCGGUAGGCAGGUCGUUCUGAGGCGGGCGUGGCAGCGGCGUCUGGCCGUGAAACACGCCGACCUGGCGCGUCAACAGUUGCGUGUUCGAGCUCGACUGGCCGAAUUGGGCAUUCCAAUGAACCGGCCGCAUCCGCUGGUGCAGGGCUGCACCUUGAGCGAGUUGCGACGUCGGUUGGCCGAGCGGAGUCUGCGGCCUCGGGACCUGCUGUACGCCAGUCAGGCGCAGUGUCUCUACGCUCUGGACCACUUGGGCAUCGGAGGCCUGGCCGAGUUUAUCUGCGAGGCCGAGGAGUGGGCAGAGCAACUGGAGACCUGGACGGAUGAGCGGAUCCGGGCGUCGCCG